AUGAGGCAGCAGCUACAGCAGCAGCAGCAGCAGCAACGACAGCCACAGCGAUAUGUGGUCGCAGGCUUGUCGCAACAGCAGCAGCAGCAGCAUCAACAGCAGCAGCAGAAGCGUAAGCGUCCUAAGCCCGACUUGAUAGAGAUCUCUCCUGGUCAGAACGAGACUUUCGAGAGCGUGUCCUUGAAAAUCCGUAAAGCCGUUGACGAUAAUGGCACACACAAGGAGUUAAAGGAUUUCAUUAUCAUGAGCCGGCGCACAGACAAGGCGUUGCUAAGACUGACGCUGGCCAGAUCCGCAAACGCGACCUUAAUUCUCCAGCAGAUCCGAACGAUUAUCGGCGAGGCUGGAACUUGUCAACACGUGACGGAAAUGGUGGCCUUGGUAGUAAACGACAUCGAUUCCCUAGUCAAGGAGGAAGAGCUCACAGCUCUCCUUGAAAACAAGAUCGAGGGUAGGGCAGGCAUCGUCUCAACGAGCAUUUGGCAAAUGCCGGAUGGCACCCAGCGGGCACGCAUCCGUCUGCCAGCCAAGGCUGCAAAAGCGCUGGAUGGCACGAAGCUUCGCUUGGGCUUCUGCAUUUCCAGAGUGAAGAUUGCUCCUCCAACACCCAAGGAGCAUCUUCGCUGCUAUCGAUGCCUUGAGCAUGGCCACAACGCCCGCGAUUGUCGGUCACCUGUAGACCGACAAAAUGUUUGCAUCCGUUGCGGACAGGAGGGCCAUAAGGCUGGAACAUGCAAGGAAGAAAUACGCUGCGGCAAAUGCGGUGGUCCCCAUGUUAUUGGGGACCGGACAUGCGACCGGUCGGCUACCCAAUGA